AUGUCAACCUUCACAAAACCUUCAAUGCAAAAAUCUUCACGUGAUGAUGCCGAGCAACUAAACCGUGCUUUCAAAGGAUUAGGCUGUGAUGCUGCGGCAGUUGUGAAUAUUCUUGCACUUAGAAAUGCAUCUCAACGUGAUAGCAUUCAACAAGAAUACGAGACCUUGUUCUCAGAUGACCUCAAAAAACAAUUGGCUCAUGAGCUUCAUGGCCACCUCAAGAAAGCAGUUUUAUUAUGGAUGAAAAGUCCUAUAGAACGGGAUGUUACAACAUUGAGACAGGCUUUGACAGGACCUAUUUUUGAUGUCAAAGCUGCCACUGAAAUCAUAUGUACCCGUACUUCAUCCCAGAUUCGACAGAUUAAGCAAGUUUACACUCCUACUUUUGGCACGCGACUUGAGUUUGACAUUGGGUGUCACACAUCCGAUGAUCAUAAAAAGUUGCUACUCGCAUUUAUAGCCAUAACACGGUACGAUGGCCCAGAAAUUGAUAGUCUGUUGGUAGAGGAUGAUGCUAAAGCUAUCAACAAAAUUGGGCUGAAGAAAUCUGGAAUGGAUGAGAGCACUUUCAUUCAGAUUUUCACUGAAAGAAGCUCCGCACAUUUGAUUGCCCUUGCUUCUGUUUACCAUAAAAUGUUUGGAAAGGAACUGAGAAAGACAAUUAAAAGAGAAGCAUCAGGGAAUUUCAAGUAUGCCCUUCUAACAAUUUUGCAAUAUGCCGUUGAUCCAACAAAGCACUAUGCAAGGGUGUUGCGCAAGGCAACGAAAGGUUUGGGUACAGACGAUAGUACUCUAAUCAGGAUACUGGUUACGAGGGCAGAGAUUGAUUUGCAGAAGAUCGAGGAAGAGUUCUUGAAGAAGUACAAAAGACCAUUACCUGAAGUUGUUCAUUCAGAAACAUCAGGUCACUACAGGGCCUUCCUUCUUUCCCUCUUAGGCUCUAAGUACUAG